CUGAGCGAGGUGUUGAAGUCACGCACUCGGGGUCACCCCUUGUUUGUGCAGCAAGCCUUUGUGGAAGCCGCCAUAUUGACGCGACCAAUGGAACGCUUUAUCAGCAAAUCUCUGGUCAAGAAAGACCAAAAGUAACGAAGUGAGCGUUGGAUAGUCUUUUCUUCCGAAAAUCUCUACAGAUCAAGGGGCUCUAGGGUGAAAAUGCCUCGCCCGGGCAGAAGCACUUAUGGAGAUCAAAAGCCUCCAUAUUCCUACAUUUCUCUGACUUUCAUGGCAAUUCAGAACUCGCCAGAAAAAAUGUUAACACUAAGCGACAUCUACAAAUUUAUUAUGGACAGAUUUCCUUAUUAUCGUAAAAACACACAAAGGUGGCAGAACUCUUUACGGCACAACCUUUCGUUCAAUGACUGUUUCAUUAAGAUCCCCAGGCGACCCGACCGACCGGGGAAGGGCAGCUAUUGGGCCCUGCACCCUGGAUGUGGAGAUAUGUUUGAGAACGGCAGUUUUCUCCGACGUCGAAAGAGAUUCAAGUUGCCCCGUUCACUGAGGCAUGCCACGGCAGCCGCUUUUGCCGAACUGAAACAACUAGAGAAUGACACACAUAACGCUGUUCAAGAACAAGCGAAACUUCGGCUCGCAGCUCUGGCCGCGGCGCCGUCACACCUACAGCCUUUCUGUACAGACUCAUCGAGGACGAUUGACAAACAACCGUUUACAAUCGAGAAUUUGAUCGCUCCCGACUACAAAGUUCCUGGACAUCCAUCAUCCUAUCAAGGUCUUGCACCGGUUGUUCAUCAACCCGUAUUACCAAAUUUUCUGCCGGCGUUUCCUUGCUCCCUUCCGUGUGUUUCGGCAGCGUCUUGGACCUCUCCUAUCUCCUCGACGGACUUUCCCUUUGUAUCAGCUGGACUGCAUUCAAGAAAUUUUCCCCACCUUCUCAACAUGACCAUGGCAAUCCAUCCUAAGCCGCCAAGUACAAUACCUUUACCCCACACCAUCUCUACGCUGUCAGGAACGAUGCAUACAUCGAUCCCAUUUUCUAUGCCAUCUCUUCCGCUAAAAUCAGGACUUCAACCGGCCUUCCAGUUCCCGGGCCUUCACGCCGAACGUACGAUGUUUGGGACUCUUCCUGCGGUAACCUACACAUCUUGCUCACCUCCGAUGAGAAUCGAUUCCGCCUCCAGUGACACUUCUACAAAAUCCCAAGACAUUGUCUCUGACGACUCUUCAAAAUAAUCCGGAACGUUCGAGACCAAGGUGAGCAGAAUGCAUAAGCAUAAUUACGCUCAAUGAGCAACUCUAUUGAUAUUAAACGUAGGUAGGCACGCCGACAAACAAGAGAAAAAAAACAGAACAUUUCCAGUCUUUGACCACUAAUGUUUCCCGCUACAUUUGUUUGCUGUAAGCCUUUGGUAUCUUGGAUUAAUCACUAGACACUAUUUACUGAAACUGAAAACGAUCAAGUGGUUAGAAUAAAGUAAGCAAACAGAAAAGGACGUGCAUUUUGCUUCAGAAGUUUAGGCUUAGCGCUUAGAAAAAUUUAUAGUGGAAUGCAAACUUGUAUUCAUGUAUGCAUGUAAACUGGUGUCAAUACAUAAAUCUACAGUCAUUGAGGGUAAAUUGUGUGUGUAAACAUUUAAUGUGUAUAUAUUAUAUUCAGUGUUUUAUUUAAUUUAUAUAUAGUUUUGAAACGUAGAAUCAAUGCUCUUAUCAAAGUAUAGGAAUAUUAUUCUAAUUAAGUGCCAUGUCAACCAUUACUAUGUCAUAACCACAUAUAUAUGUAUGUCAGGGUUAGCUGCUUAGGGUUCACUAGAGUUUAGAAACCAAUACAUUAUAGCUGUUGUUUUAACAUUUUCAAUUAUUAAUUGAUUCCAGCGUUGUGAAAGGCUCAGUUGUUAUUCGAAGCUGAUGCUCAAACUGAAAAGGGGAAAGGGAAAAGGAAAUUUAGGGAUUUUCGUAUUUCAUAAAAGUAAGUGUAAUGAGAUAAUAAAGAAAGGCGUAAAUUACAAGCUACUUAAUUGAUUUUCCAUGUAUAUUUAUAUCAAAAGAGUCAUGUUUCGAAGUCAUAUGUAAAUAUUGUCCGGUUAUCUUG